AUGGAAGUCACAUCGAUUGCGGAUUUGAAACGAAUCGGAAGGGAUGAGUUGGCGGAGCAGUUGUUGAAGACAAAAGUUGUAGCCGUGGAGAGCGCAGACGGUACAACAAAGCAGGAGAAAAUUGCUAUCGUUGAUGUUAGAGACUCUGACUACAUUGGCGGUCAUUUAAUUGGCUGUUUACACCGUCCCUCUUCAACUUUUUCUAUCAGGUUGGAUAGUUUGAUCGAGGAACUGAAAGAUCAUGAUAAAGUCGUUUUCCACUGCGCAUUAUCACAACAGCGGGGGCCUUCUGCGGCGUUGAAGUAUGUCAGAGAAAAGAAGGCGUUAGAGGCAAGGAAAAGGAUCGCGAGUAGCGAGGAAGACGAAUUGCUUUACAAGAACGUGGGCAAAAAAGUGGAUCAGGAGGUCUAUGUGCUAGAGGGCGGUUUCGUUGAAUGGCAACAAAAAUACGGAAGCGACGAGCGGUUAACAGAGGGUUGGAGAAAGGAGAUCUGGGAAGAGUAUUAA